CCAAAUUCCAACAUUUACAGGAGCUAAACGUGCAGCAAAUUAAAUAUAGAGAAACUGAAGCAAAGACUUUCUCUGAACAGAAACUGCCAUGGAUGUCUCAGACUCUGACACUAAUUCACACUUCUUUGCACAUGACGGAGUUAGGACAAACCCACCACGGCUUACAAAGAGACGGGGGCCCAACAGUCAAUCAGGAAAAGAGCAAAGUUAUAUAAACAUGCAGACAACAGAUUAUGAAUCUUCACGCUCACGGCCCAAUUUUAAUGAAGAUGAGUUCAGUUCAAGACAAAUAGAGAAACAAGGAGAAGGACAGGAGAAGAAAAAAAUGUCUGACAAGUUAAAGGAAAUGACAGAGAAGAACAAACUACUUGAGAGAUCGUUACAGGAGGCAGAUCGUAAUAACAGAAAAUUAAAGUCUUUCACUUGGAUAGCCUCUGUGCUGGUUCUGGUUCCACUGUGUAUUGGAUUGCGCUUAGCUUUCAAAGGACAUGAGAUGAAUCAUCAUGAGCUUAGACUGAUGUUGGUGGGGAAAACUGGAGCAGGAAAGAGCGCAUCAGGAAACACCAUCCUGGGUGAAGAGGCCUUCAGAGUCGAGGCAUCUCCUGCAUCUGUGACCGCAAGCUGUAUGAAGAAGAACAAAGUCCUGGAUGGAAGAAACAUCACCAUAAUUGACACUCCUGGUGUCAUGGACACAUGGUUACUAUCUAACCAAACGGCCCACCAUGCACAUGAAUGUAUCUCCAUGUCUUCUCCUGAUUCUCAUGUGUUCCUGCUGGUGAUCAGACUGGGAAGGUUCACAGUGGAGGAGAGCAGUGCUGUGAAGUGGAUUCAGGAGAACUUUGGAGAAGAAGCUCUGAAGUUCACCAUGAUUCUGUUCACUGGUGGAGAUCUUCUGGAAGGGAAGCCAGUGCAGAAGUUUAUCAGUAAUAGUUAUGAUCUCCAGAAUCUUGUAGAUACCUGUGAAGGUAGAUAUCAUGUUUUUAACAACUAUGAUCAAAGUAACCGCACUCAAGUCACAGAGUUAUUUGAAAAGAUAAAUGUAAUACUACACAAGAACAUGGGUUACUUUUACACAAAAGAGGUUCAUCAGAAGGUCCAGAGAAGCACCAGAGAAGAGGAAGAGAGGAAGAGAGUGAUUUUAGAGAAAGAGAUUAAAAUGGAGGAAGAGAAGAAGAGAAUGAUGUUGCAAGAAGAGAUCAAAACAGUGGAAGAGAAGAAGAGAGCCGUGAUGGAGAAACUGAUCAGAGAAGAAGGGAAAAUUCAAGUUGAACAGCUAGCAAGUGAGGUCAAAGCAAAGGCACAGAGAGAGUGUAAAAUCAGAGAGGGAGAAAUCAGACAUGAAGAGGAAUUAAAUAGGAAACUUGUAGAAGAAGAGAUGAAGAUGGAGGCGAAGAGGAAGGUGAAUGAGAUGGCAAUUAAACUGAGAGAUGAACAAUUAGAGAACAAAUAUCUUAAGGCAAAGUUAGAACAUGCUAAUAGUACAUCUUUCUGGUUAAUGGUCUCAAUUGGCAUACUCAUUCUAUUUCUGGUCCUUGUAAUGAUGAACAACAAAAAAAGAAAAUAGCUGAAUCAUUAGGCUAAGGAGCUAAAAUAGGGUCCCUGGUAUCUUUAAAAUUAACAGCAAAUUGAAAUUAAACUCCCCCAUUUUCCUGUGCAAGUCAUUUAAUUUUCCAUAUGGUCUUACAGAUGAUAAUAAUGAUUUGCAGGACCCAAUUUAUAUGUGAAGUUAUGAAUGUUAACUUUAAUUAAAACUUUCAUUGAAAUACUCUAUAUUCAAAGGCCAAAAAAUUCUGAGCUGAUGCACCUUGUCAGAUGUCAUUUAUUUUGUGGGUUUUUUUUACAAAAAAUUAAACUAAAUGACUGAAAUUGCUCAUUUUGUUCAAAUUACAGAUAUGUACAGUGAGCUCCAGACUUAUUGACACCCUUUCAGAGAACAGGCAAAAACUAUUAGAUAUCAGAUCUCACAGUUGGCUUGGGAUUGUACAUCACUUUGAAUGAAAGCAGUAGGCCAAGUGAAGUAAGUGGAAGAGAGAGCCUACUGCCACUGCAACCCCCACUAAAAAAAUGCAGUAAGAAAAUGAAUGAAAUUGUGGUGUUGGACGAGACCAACAUCAUGAUCUGGUGAAAAGUGGGAACUUCAUAAAGGACCAAACACUUAUUAUGGGAAAAACUUGAAACAUGCCAGUAGGCACUUCUGAAACAUGCCAGUUGGUGGACUGGCUAAGAUAAAUUGUCCCUAGUUGUGAAUAAGUAUGUGAAUGGUGUCGUGCGAUGGACUGGCUUUCCAUCCAGGGUGUAUUCCUGCCUCAUACUCAGUGCUCCUGGGAUAGGUUCCAGAUUCACCCUAACCCAGACAAGGAUAAAACAGUUAGACAGUUACUGAGUGAGAGAGCGUUUUAUUCAAAUAAAUCUAUACAAGGUUUCCAUUUGUUCAUUUUAUAUAUUCAAAUUGUUAUGUAAAGAGUUGAUACUUCUUGAUGUGACUGUCUUAGUUGGUAUGAUAUGACAAUAUCCUAGUUGUUUUUCUGAAUCAAUUAAACGUGUAUGAUUAUUAACCAUUUUACAUUUCUCUAAUAAGAUAAGAAUAGAAUAGAAAAGUAAGGGGAAUUUUUUUGUGUGUUUUAUUUUUUUUUAUUAUUGAUUAAAAUGAAGACUUCAAAUUAAUCAACUGUGUUUUGUUUUUACCAAUAGGAAAUGUAUCAAUACGACUGAACCACUCUGUCACUCUGUUCAAUAAAGUCAUGGCAUGACCAUU